UGUGGUCCAACUGGCUUCAGAUGGUGUGUGUAUGUGCGUGUGCCUGCCUCAGAGUGUGUGAGACGAGCUGGGAUCAUGAGCCAGGCUCCAACCAAGUGGUUUUAAUCAGCAGCCCAUUAGAGGGGACUGGAAAACUUCUAACGGGAUGGGAGCUGAGUAAGUUGUUCCCGCAGCCCCAUGGGAGGGCGGUUCACAGGACCCUGCUCUUCUGGAUGUGGUGACUUCUUGCCAGGCACCAAGAAAGCACUCAGCAGCGGGAAUUGGGAAAACCCUCUGUAGCUUUGGAUAAAGCCCACUUUGGCAUUUUUACCCUGUCAGGACAUGGCUACUGCAUCUGCAAUGUGGCCAAGGGUGGAGUGAGGACAGCACGUUGGCCAUGGUUUGCGGGCACAGCCCCAGGUGCCGCAGGCUUUGUCGCCCUCGCCCCUUCCUCCUGGCCCUGUUGGUGGCUGUCUGCCUUUUCUGCCAGACCCUGACUCCCCUCAUGACCAACAGCUUCCUUUCAGCAGUUGUUAACGGCAUCUCACCAAACAAACAGAGUAAAACACGGCAAGGAAGGUACAAGGAGAUCUCAGCCAGAGACACACACUGCUUCUUCCCCAUCAGUGAUUCACACACAUUGAAAAAGAUUGAAGACACCGUUCUCCAGUACUUUGGAAGCCGUACGAGAAGAGCGAUUCUGUACGCACCUCCUGCCCACAGCAAAACUGAGCGUCAGCUCUAUCAGCACAUCCUGGAGAAGCAUGGAUAUGCAGUCACAGUCCUUGAAAACGGGCGACUGGUGGAAGAUCUGAGGCAUGAGGGCCCUUAUCACAGUAGCAUAAGCCCUUGGGAUCUUCUGAUCUGCUUAUCUUCCACAAAAGAUGAUACUAGCAGCUGCAUUCAGAGAGAUGACUUGCAUCAACUGGAGUUAUUCCAGAAGGUAAACCUACUUCCAGAAAUUCAGUAUUUCCUUUGCAGUAAAGAGGGAUUGUGCCAGAUAACAAAAGCCUUUUCAGACUUGCAGCUCUCAAUUGCCACCCCAGAGUGCUCCAGUUGGCAUGGACUGUCGAGGAACAGCACUACAAGCAACAUCACCCAUGGCGACAAAAGCAAUGUCAAGAUGCACAUCACCCAUCUGCAGUACUUAUGGAGCCAAACCGAUGGAGCACAGCUGAAUCAGGUGUUGGCUUCAUCGGACCACAAGGAUAUCCUUAAAGCUCAAGACCUUUCUGUCAUCAUAAAAGCAUAUGUGCUAGUCACAUCCUUAACACCUUUGAGGGCCUUUCUUCAUUCAGCUGCUACUGUCUGGCAUCCACCCAAGAAGAAGCACUUUUCUGUAAAGCUGCAAAGGUUUUUUGAGAUGUUCUUCAAAAGCAGUUCUCCCCAGCAAGCUUUUAACAACAUGAAAGAAGCUAUAAGCAAACUUCUACUUAUAACUGAGGUCCUCAGUGAAUCAUCUGCCACAGGACCAGGCUCUUUCAAUCAGUGCAGCCAAUGUUUUCAAAUGCUGACCUUUGACAUUGGGUUCAGCACCUCCAUACACCCUGUAGUUCUUCAGGUGCAUAAAAAUUUUGACUUUCAAGAUGAGGAGGAAUCAAAUCUUCAGGACCAAACUUUCAAAGAAGCUAUUUUUGAAGACACUUUUAAAUUUCUAUUGUCUAAUAAAUCCUCAAGUUCCAGUUUCAUAGAAGCUUUACAAAACAUACAUGGAUCAAUUGUGAGCAAGGAUGGAAUCUUCCACAAAGAAGGUGGACAAUGUUUGUCUUUAGAAGAGAUAAAUUCUGUGAUUACAUUUAUAAAAGAGGUGAAGAAUCUUGGACAAUUUGAGCUGCUUUACCCUUCCGCUGCACCCAAGUUCCAAACUUUACUGCAUGACCUUUAUCACAUGGUAGAUCCAAUGAGACGACUUGGCUCAGUCCUGACUAUACACUGGUUGCUUUCCAGUUUGCUUGAACAAUUCCAGUUCAUGACCAAAGAGACACAUUCAGAUCUUUCAGAAUGGAGAAGGAAGAAGAGCUCUAGAAAAUCAUCUCCAACUGCAAUGAAAUGGUUACAGCCCAGGAAUUCUUCUCAAGAAAAUGUGAUUCCAAAGCAGAAUUUCCGUUUUCACUUGUGGAAGAAUCAUCAAGCAUUGCCUUAUUCCAGUAAGACUAAAGAAACUCAGUGCAGUUAUGAUAAAGAUACCCUAUCUCAUAUCAGGCAGAUCUUCACCAGUCCACAGCUGGACUUGAAUCCUCAGUUUAACCCAAAGAUCAAGGAGUACUAUGCAGAAGUCCCAUUUGAUGUGGUGACAGUGAAGAUUGGAGCAGAACCUUCAAACUGUCAGUGCCAAGUUCACCUUGAUGAGGUGAAAGGACCAAGCACUGCUAAUUACCCACUUGGCCUUGGAUUGAACAAAAUUGUUGUUCUUGUAACAGAUGAUUCGCAGCCCAGUCCUCAGAUUGUGAGCAGCUAUAAAAUCAGAAUCUAUCGAGAGGACCGCCCUAGUCUGCCUUUGUUUGAUGACUUUAUGAUAUGUGGCUUUGUGCAGGUAUUGUUUCUCUUUUCUUUUAUUACACAAAGUAAUAGUGGAUUUUUCUGGUUUCUCUGUAGAGUAUCAUAUUUGGUGAGAUUAGAAUCUGGGCUCUAAUUUCUGUAAUUGUAUGAAAUGUAACAUUAACACAAGUUUUUCGGUAUAAAAAGUACAUACCUGUUACUGUCAGCAUGCAUUCGAGAACUCUAGGUUAAUUAAUCCUUUCUUUGGUCAGCCAAAGCUUACCCAUCAGAGAGUCUGCAGGAAAAUUGUCUCAAUACCAUGUGAUGGGGCAGACAGGACUUUCUGUACCUAUCUAUCUGUGACACUGGAGCUGUGGAAAUUCUUUUACCACCAUAGAUGUCUAUAAUGUUGGCACAUUUGACGCUGUUCGGAAUAAAUGAUGCUAGAAAACUUA